UUGCCUUCUUCCUCAAGUAAACCUAAGCCUCAUCUCAUACCAUUUCCUCACGAUAUAUCCCUUCUCUAUCCAAUCCUCCGUCUUUCGUCUUUCGUCUUUCGUCUAAAUGUUAAAAAGGUUCAAAGAGAGAAAGCUCUCUUCUCGAUUCCCAUCGUCUUUCGAAUUGCCAUGGACAACGAAGAAGAGUCCAAGAGGAACUCGAGGAGCAGGCCGGCCACCCCUCCCGCCGGGAUGAACGACGACCAAGGCCCCGAUCCCCAUCCCGCCUUGGCAAUGUCAUCGCGACGAGAAGAGGAAGAACAAGAAGCACGAGAAGACAGAGACCGCACGGCGACGCUCUCCACCAUCGCAAGCGAGACGGAGGAAGAAGACGAAGCCAGCGAGGAGGAGGAGGAGGAUGACGAGUCGAGCGACGACGGUGGGGAGGACCAGGGCGAGGACCGUUACGACUACUUCUCGGGCCUCGGGUUCGAAGCCGAAUUCGGGUUCCUGGAGGGAGAAGACAGCAGCCAGAACGACAUAGACAUGGCGGAGUUCGACGACAUCGACCCGGACGAGCUGUCGUACGAAGAGCUGAUCGAGCUGGGAGAGAUAAUCGGGGAAGAGAGGAGAGGGCUGUCGCUAGAACAGAUCGGUAAAUGCUUCGGGCCCUUCACUUUCCAGUCCCAAUCGGCGGUCGAAAGGAAGAUGGGAGCGAUCGAUAGAUGCGUCAUCUGUCAGAUAGAAUACGAGGAAGGCGAGAAGCUAGUCAUUCUCGAUUCCUGCGACCAUUCCUACCAUUCGGAAUGCAUCACCCAGUGGCUUCAAGUCAAGAAGACGUGCCCCAUUUGUAGCACCGAAGUUUCCGCGCCCAAGAAAUCCAUGACCUAAGUUUGUUCUCCAUUCGGUCCGAAUUGUGAAUAAAUUCAUUCCUUAUACAUAGCCGCGCUCGUGUAUAUAUCUCCAUUUGAUCUGUGAACAUGGUAGUGAACAGCAACAUCUAGCCUAUGUAGAUCGUUCCAUUUCUUGCAACCCGCUUUACAUCGUCGGGCCGGGUCGCCACAGCGUAUGCAGUUUCUUUUGUGUAAUGGGCCGCCGGUUCAAUGCGUCGAAGCCCAUUGUUUUUUCUCGUACUUAGGUUAAAUAAUGUCUAGCUUGCUAUA